UGUGUGUGUGUGGUUAGACCUGCCUGCCUUGGAGUUCACUUCAGACUUCUAUCGCGGACUUGGAACGACACCUCCACACAAAACGAUUCGCCGCAUCAGUCCGCAUCAGGCAGCGUUCAGAGCAACAGUUCACCUGCGUCCGAAGUUCCCGAACACUUUCCAGUCUCAGCACUCCUCGCACAGAACACGACCAUAACCUACCCAAGACAAGUCCCGCUCUCGUUCUCUCUCUCUCUCGCUCUCUCUCUUUCUCUCUCUCAAGACUUGAGCGAUGGAUUCAUUUUUGACAAUCACGGCUGCCCUUCUACUAGUUGGUUCUUUAUCUUCGACUGCUUCGAGACAAUUCGACACUGAAUGUUACACAGCCAAUGGAGAGGACUACAGAGGCUGUCAGAACCAGACAAGCCUCCUGGAGGGCAAGCCCUGCCUCUUCUGGAACGAAACCUUCCAGCACCCCUACAACACCCUCAAGUACCCCAACGGAGAGGGUGGUCUUGGCAGCCACAACUACUGCAGGAACCCUGAUGGUGAUGUCCAGCCGUGGUGUUACAUCGCUGACCAUGAAGACGGAAUCUACUGGAGAUACUGCGACAUACCCACCUGUCAGAUGCCUGGUAACCUGGGCUGUUUUAAGGACAGUGGCGACCCUCCCACCCUGACAGGGAGCAGUCAGACCUCUAACAAACUCACCGUCCAGAACUGCAUCAGCUUCUGCCGUAAACAGAGAUACAUGCUUGCCGGGAUGGAGUCGGGUUAUGCCUGUUUCUGUGGCAACAACCUGGACCUGCGUCUCCAUGGCAAGGCGCCCAGCAUGGAAUGCAACCACGUGUGUUUCGGUGACCACACCCAGCCUUGUGGGGGAGAUGGAUGGGUCAUCGUCUUUGACACUCGAGUGGGGGCGUGCGGGGGUAACUACUCUGCGCCCUCUGGGGUGGUGUACUCCCCUGACUUCCCUGAUAAGUACGGGGCCGGGAGGGUUUGCUACUGGACUGUCCAGGUCCCUGGAGCCUCCGUGAUCCUGUUCAACUUCACCUUCUUUGACAUCUCGGACCAGACAGACAUGGUUGAACUACUGGACGGCUACACCAACCAGGUGGUGGCGAGGUUUGACGGCCGUACCCCUCCCCGGGAGCUGGUCAACGUCACUGGAGACUUUGUUAUCCUCUACUUCUACUCAGACCGAACCAACCAGGCACAGGGCUUCGCUGUCACGUAUCAAGCUCUGAGAGGCCUGGACACCAGGCCUAUGGAUGAGGAAGAGGAGGAGGAGGAGGAGGAGGAGGAAGAGGACACCAGUACGGUGGAGCCUCAGCUGGGAGGAGUAACGGAGAAGACUAACGGUCGCUCCUCACAAAUCCUCUACGUGAUAACAUCCAGUCCUGGUAAACCGGACCACAACAUGCCAGGUCAGUGGGUCGGACCCAACGGUACCAACGGAUACACCUCUAAGUGGACCAUCUACACUCUGGCUGCUCUCCUGACUCUGACAGUCAUUGUCAUGGUGACCAAACUACUGCUUCAUGUCACAGUCAAAUCUCCCAACACCCCGACCAUCAGUGGUUCAGAGAGCUGCAGCGGUCAGAGUUCUGGGUCUGAGCCCUGGAUCAUCCUUUACCAGCCCUCCACCAUCUCUCUUUUCAAGAAAAAGCUAAAGAACCACCACGGAGACCUCAGCCCUCUGGUGGGCAACUAGGGAACUGCAGUCUGGUAUACUACCGCCAUCACUACUGAACCCUGUACCAGGGCCUACCGUACCAGAGCUAGCAACAGAGCUGGCCGCCCCAAACCAAUGAGACUCCAUGGGGCACUGAGCUACAAAGCUAACAUGCUAACUAAUGACUGAUUCACUGACUCACUGAGAGACUACUACCAAAAUGGUCCAGACAGGGCUGUCUGUGUCUGCUGUGUACAAGGCAGGAGAGGAGAGGAGAUGUACAAACAGCUCAAGGUGGACAUUUUACUGCAGGGCACUCAUAUUCUUGGGGUUCUACUUCCAUUGUCUCUCCAUGGAUGUCUGAUAGAUUAUUGAAGUCCUCCUCUAAAGACAAGGGUUGGCUGGGGCCAAAUCAGAUUCCAGUUUCCACUGGACUCCUCCAGAAUGCAGGUCUUCCAUUGUAACUGUUUCCAAGUGGGGCACAAAAUGACAGACUACGCAUCUCCCCUCAUUUAAUAAUCUGCGAUCAACAAAGGGAGCCAUGCAUAUUCCCUGUCAGUGACUGUAACUGGUGUCUCACAUAGAAAAAGGGGGUUGAAUCCUGAUCGUUAUCAAGGGACGAGGACACCAACCCCGUCAUAUUACGGUACAUUUAACUCUAACUCAGUUAUGUAAGUACAAUUAAUACCACUAUGGACAAUCGGCAGUUAUUGAACCACAACAGCCAGCUAAGCCUGAAAGGGAUCCCCCUUUCCUCUCAGACAGCAAUGAGUUACCUGUAACUAUGGUGUGUUAUGUAGGCCAGUGUUUGAUAGAGAGAGAGAGAAGAGAGGUGAUUUACCUGUUCUAUCUGGAGCCAGGAGAAUGGAUAGCAUGAGUAAGUCAUACAGAAAGAACGUAUAUAUCUGGAGCCAGGAGAAUGGAUAGCAUGAGUAAGUCAUACAGAAAGAACGUAUAUAUCUGGAGCCAGGAGAAUGGAUAGCAUGAGUAAGUCAUACAGAAAGAACGUAUAUAUCUGGAGCCAGGAGAAUGGAUAGCAUGAGUAAGUCAUACAGAAAGAACGUAUAUAUCUGGAGCCAGGAGAAUGGAUAGCAUGAGUAAGUCAUACAGAAAGAACGUAUGUGCCGGUGCUGCAUAUGUCUGGAUUUAAUAACCCCCCCCCAAAAAAAGACAUGCAUACAGAGAACAAAAUAACACUUCCUCACUCUCUCUCUCUAUGCCACACUGCCUCUGGAGGAAACCAUGUCAGAAGUCUCUCCAAUGACUUGGGCUGGAUGGAGGGGGAGAGGGAAGUAGGGAGAGGGAAGUAGGAAGGAAACAGAAGGAGAAGAAAGGUAGAGGAGGGUGGGGUGUAAUUUAACAACUGCCGUUUUAAGGUCCCGAACGGUCAUACGGAUUCCCAUGUAAAAAAGCCUUUUGAGUGAUUAAAUAUGAAUAUCACCCAUAAUAUUUGUGGGGGAUUGAAACGCUUGCGGAUGGCUAACGACGAGGAAGUUUGAAACGCCUAUGUCAAGCAACGUGAAUACAGUGAGCAGUGUUGCAGUAACAUCAUCUCAAGCUAAUUUGGUGAAACACAAAACAACAUUGACAUUGCAUCAAUUAUGUAAAUGUUUCGCACAUCUCCCGUUUGGCUCUUGUCUCUUGUGAUGCGAUCCACAGCAGAACUGACGGUUGUGUUGACAUGACAACUACAUCAGAGUUUUGAGCGUUCCAUGCUGGCUGAAAACCUAGCUAGCCAUUAACUAGCUAACACCAGACACAGAUGAAAGAGGAGACAUAAUUAUCUUUGCCAUAGAUGAAUAGGGUAGACUUUUAAUUAUAUUUGCUGACACCCUACAGUCAAAGUUUGGCACCAGUAGAGUAGCUAUCUAGCUAUAUAAACAACGCCCCUCCAAACACAUUUUCUCCGAUGUUGGUUACAAGGUGGUACUUAUUUAAAUUAGGUAAGAGAAUACUAUGUUACCAUUGGUGUAUUAAAAUGACUGAGUUAGGGUGAUGUCAACCUAUACCCUUAAUAAUCCCACCUCCUUAAUCCAAGUGUUUGACAUGGGGGGGGGGGGGGGGGGGGGGGGGGGUGACCAGUAACCUUAUGGUCAAACUUCAUCAAUGUAGAAGCAACAGUAAAUUUUCAUACUUUGGUCAUCAUACUUAGAUCUGGUUUCAUCCACUUUUCAUCCAAUUUUAUGGAAAGCAUGAUUUUGACCUUUAAAAUUGUUUUUGAAAUGCUCAUAGGUUCUCUCUCUCUCUUUCUCUCUGUUGGCCACUCAGCUGUUGGUUCUGAUCUGGUUUGACUGGCUAUUGACUGGCUAUGUCCCAAAUAGCCCAUAGGGUUCUGGUCAGACGUAGUGUAUUAUAUAGGGAGUAGGGUGACAUUAGGAACACACACUGUGUUUAAGCCUUAAGCAUUUAAGCCUGCUACUAUAGGCUUCUCUCUUUCACUCCCUCUCCUCUCCUCUCCUCUCCUCUCCUCUCCUCUCCUCUCCUCUCCUCUCCUCUC